GGGGCAGGCAAACAUGGUACUCCCGCCUGCCUCCUGCUACACCGCAUCUCGUCUAGCAGCAGCCCCCGUCUCGUUUCCGGGAAGCAACCAACUUCCUCCGAGGGAAGAGGCGGCCGACGACGACCUCGAGGUCAGCUGUCAGAGGUUGAUGUGAGCUGGUUCGCUUCGAUCGUGCGCCUUCUUCCUCGAUCAUCAUCAUCAAGCCGGUGAGGGACAUGGCCGCCGCCGAGCAGCAGCAGCAGCCCGGCAGCAAGGCCGCCGGCGGCAGCAGGUUCGCGGUGACGUGCGGCCUGCUGAGGCAGUACAUGAAGGAGCAGGGCGGGAACGGCGCCUUGCGCCUCGCGCCAGCCGUGGCCAUGGGCCUUGCGCCGGUAGCCGACGCCGCGGCGGCGGCGGCGGAGGAGGGGACGGAGGAGAGGAAGGCCGUGCUGGAGCUCUUCCCGCAGCAGGCUGGCACGCUGAAAGACGAGCAGCAGAGGAAGAGGAAGGAGCCUGCGUCUGAUGAGAGGGCGCCGCUCACCAUCUUCUACGGCGGCAAGAUGGUGGUGUUCGACGACUUCCCCGCCGAGAAGGCCGAGGAGCUCAUGCACCUCGCCGGCUCCGGCAACGCGGCGGCGCCUGCAGGCCAGAAUGCGCUGGGACAGCCCAGCCUCACAGACAUGCCCAUCGCCAGGAAGGCGUCGCUCAAGAGGUUCCUGGAGAAGAGGAAGGACAGGCUCACCGCGGGAGAUCCGUACCCGGCGGCGGCGAGCGAGUCGAUCAAGCCUGCAGCGAAAGACGAAGCAGGAGCUCCGUGGCUCAGCAGCGUCAACUCCGCGCUCAGCUUGAGCUGAGAAGAACCUGAUGGAGAGCACGGACGCGCCUAGCUAGAGACCACAAGGGAAACUAGUACUACUACAGAUUACUGCCUACUAUUUUUCCGUAAAAAAAUAUUUGGAUCAUGAAACGUGUUUUACCCCGUGACAUUUACACCGGUUGCUGGUUGCUUCAGGGGAAUUAGCUAGCUAGCUAAUUGUGAUUGGUUAAUUAGCUUGCCUUUUUUAAGCCUGUUUGAGAAUUCUUUGGAGACAAAAGAAUUCUUUUAUUUCCAUGCUGAUAUUCAUCUGCAAUGAUAUGAACUAAAUCUAGUUGAUUGAUACGUAUAUAGUUUGUAAAUUCGAAUAACAGGAUAAUUAUACUAUAUAUUUAUUGAAUUGUUUCA